AGAAUGGUCACAAACACGACACGAACUUGCAAAACUGAAAAGUAACCACCGGUACUAGCUAGGGGUUGGUUCGCGUGAACAGUUUCCAAAAAAGUGAUUUUCGAAGAAUUUGCGAAAAAAAAACAUUUUUUUCCGGUGUUCUCAAGGUGACGAGGCGGUUUUUGUAUAAAAUUUUGUCAGAAGUACAAAUGCAGUAAGACAAAGAACCAGCAAUGGGAAUCGACGUGAAAAUACUGAUUUUAACGCUGAGCUGCGUGAGUUGCGCAUUAGCAAACAAUGAUUUUCCAUUUUUCGAUUACGAUUUCGAUUUAGAACCUCUAACACGCAACUCCAGGCAAAUUCAACCCUAUGGCGCCCCCUAUCAAUGCCAAAAAGAAGGAUUGUACCCGGAUUCAAGAAAUUGUAGCUUAUUUUACAGAUGUGCAUUAAAUGGGUACAAUCAGUUCGUAGCUUACACUUUCGAAUGUGCCAAUGGAACAGUUUUUGAUCCAGCAAUCUCUGUUUGUAAUCAUCCUUAUGCCAGUAGCCGUGUUGAAUGUGGAGCCAAUUUCGUGGGUAAUUCAGUUCAAACCUUCAGUACGACUUACGAACCACCAGUGCGCAGUGAACAACCUUUUUACAGUACUCAAGCUCCAGCUCCGAAUCGUUGUACCGCUUUGGGAUUCAGACAAGAUACAGUAAACUGUCGAAAGUUCUAUCGCUGCGUUGAUAAUGGACAAAACGGAUUUAUCCAGUACGAAUUUACUUGUGCUCCUGGGACUGUUUGGGAUCCAUCCUCAACCUCUUGCAACUACCCCAGUGCGACCUCUAGAUUGGAUUGCACCGAAGAACGGGAUGGUGGUCAGUUAAUUCUUAGAGACGAUGUUAACGUACUCGAAAGCACCUCGCACCAAAGCACAUCUUUUUCAAAUUCUUCUGCACUAAAUAGUUCUAGUUCCUCUUCCAGUAGCGCUUCUAAUUCUAGUUCCUUUUCAAGCUCAUCCUCUAGUAGUAGUUCUAGUUAUCAAAAUUCUACAUCAUCGUCAUCAAAUCAAAAUUCAGGAACUAGUUCAAAUAACCAAUCAAGCGGUAGCCAGAAUCAAUAUGGUCAACAAGGUUCAAAUAAUAACCAGCAAUCUUCAACUUCAAACCAACAAACUGGAUCCAGUAGUUCCUCAAGUAAUAACCAGCAAUCGUCAGGUUCAAAUCAGCAGUUUGGGUCUGGUAGCACUUCAGGCAGUAAUCAAGGGUCAUCAAGCUCAAAUCAACAGGCUGGAUCUAGUAGCUCUUUGAAUAAUAACCAGCAAUCUUCAGGUUCUAACCAGCAAUUUGGAUCUGGUAGCACUUCAGGCAGUAAUCAAGAGUCAUCAAGCUCAAAUCAACAGGCUGGAUCUAGUAGCUCUUCGAAUAAUAACCAGCAAUCUUCAGGUGCAAACCAGCAAUUUGGAUCUGGUAGCACUUCAGGCAGCAAUCAAGAGUCAUCAAGCUCAAAUCAACAGGCUGGGUCUAGUAGCUCUUCUAAUAAUAACCAGCAAUCUUCAGCUUCAAACCAGCAAUUUGGAUCUGGUAGCAGUUCAGGCAGUAAUCAAGAGUCAUCAAGCUCAAAUCAACAGGCUGGAUCUAGUAGCUCUUGGAAUAAUAACCAGCAAUCUUCAGGUGCAAACCAGCAAUUUGGAUCUGGUAGCACAUCAGGCAGCAAUCAAGAAUCAUCAAGCUCAAAUCAACAGGCUGGGUCUAGUAGCUCUUCUAAUAAUAACCAGCAAUCUUCAGGUUCAAAUCAGCAAUUUGGAUCUGGUGGCACUUCAGGCAAUAAUCAAGGGUCAUCAAGCUCAAAUCAACAGGCUGGAUCUAGUAGCUCUUCUAAUAAUAACCAGCAAUCGUCAGGUUCAAACCAGCAAUUUGGAUCUGGUAGCACUUCAGGUAGUAAUCAGGAGUCAUCAAGCUCAAAUCAACAGUCUGGGUCUAGUAGCUCUUCAAAUAAUAACCAGCAAUCUUCAACUUCAAACCAACAAACUGGAUCCAGUAGUUCCUCAAGUAAUAACCAGCAAUCGUCAGGUUCAAAUCAGCAAUCUGGAUCUGGUAGCACUUCAGGCAGUAAUCAAGAGUCAUCAAGCUCAAAUCAACAGGCUGGAUCUGGUAGCUCUUCGAAUAAUAACCAGCAAUCGUCAGGUUCAAACCAGCAAACUGGAUCUGGUAGCACUUCAGGCAGUAAUCAAGAGUCAUCAGGCUCAAAUCAACAGGCUGGGUCUAGUAGCUCUUCAAAUAAUAACCAGCAAUCUGGAUCUAGUAGCAGUUCAAACAAUAAUCAACAGUCUACAAGCUCAAACGAACAAUCUGGAUCUUCAAGCUCAUCAGGCAGCAAUCAAUCAUCUGGUUCCUCUAAUCAACAAUUUGGAUCUAGUAGUUCCUCAAGUGGCACUCAAAAUACUUCUAAUCAGCAACAGUCUACUAAUAACGGAUCGUCUGGAAGCUCAUCUAGCUCGACUUCAAGUUCUAAUCAGUCAGGUAACCAGUAUGAGGCCAGACCGGGUCAAAUUGUUAAUGGUUUGUGUGCAAAAGAAGGAUUUGUCGAUGAUCAGCAAGACUGCAAAAAAUUUUAUAGAUGCGUUAGCGAUUCACGAGGUGGUUUGAUGAAGCACGAAUUUACUUGCCCCGAAAAUACAGUUUGGGACCAAAAUUCUUUAGCUUGCAAUCAUCCCUAUGCUGUUACAGGAAGAUGUUAUAUAGGCCAACCGGGAGUAUUACCACCCGGUAAUCAAAACACUGGUAAUCAAGAACAAUCAGGUUCUAGUAAUCAACAAGGAUCAAGUCAAGGUCAAAAUACAUCAAACCAAACUAAUCAAAAUCAGCAAUCAAAUCAAAAUCAAUCCACAAAUGAAAAUCAAGGAUCAAACCAGCAACAAUCGAGUUCAUCGCAAAAUCAAUCCAAUAAUGAAAAUCAAAGUUCAAGCCAACAAACUGCAUCUAGUCAAAAUCAAAGUGGAACAAGUCAAAAUCAAGUAGGCCAGAUACCAACAACUGAAAAACCUGGGUUACUGGUUAAUGACCAAUGUGCAGCAGCCGGUUUUGUUGGGGACGAAGUAAACUGUAAGAAAUUUUAUAGAUGUGUAGGCAAUGGUCUAGGAGGAUACAUCAAACAUGAAUUUACUUGCGGAGAAGGAACUGUCUGGGAUGAAAAUAUUCAAGCAUGUAAUUAUCCCUAUUCUGUACGUGGUAAAUGUUACAAUGCGCAACCUGGAAUACCACAAAAUGGACAAACCGGCAAUCAAAACCCUAGUGGCCAAUAUUUACCUGCAGGUCAGCAGCCGAGUGGGCAACAACCUGGAAGCCAAUAUCAACCAGGAAGUGGACAGCCUGGUGGCCAAAAUGUACCUGCAGGUCAGCAACCAAGUGGGCAACAACCUGGAAGCCAAUAUCAACCAGGAAGUGGACAGCCUAGUGGCCAAUAUGUACCUGCAGGUCAGCAACCAAGUGGGCAACAACCUGGAAGCCAAUAUCAACCAGGAAGUGGUCAGCCUGGUGGCCAAUAUGUACCUGCAGGCCAGCAACCAAGUGGGCAACAACCUGGAAGCCAAUAUCAACCAGGAAGUGGACAGCCUAGCGGCCAAUAUGUACCUGCAGGUCAGCAACCGAGUGGGCAACAACCUGGAAGCCAAUAUCAACCAGGAAGUGGACAGAAUCAACAAGGAUCGAGCCAAGGUCACAAUACAUCAAACCAAACUAGUCAAAGUCAGCAAUCAAAUCAAAAUCAAUCCACAAAUGAAAAUCAGGGAUCAAACCAGCAACAAUCGAGUUCAUCGCAAAAUCAAUCCAGUAUUCAAAAUCAAAGUUCAAGUCAACAAACUGAAUCUAGUCAAAAUCAAAGUGGAACAAGUCAAAACCAAGUUGGCCAGAUACCAACAACUGAAAAACCUGGGUUAUUGGUCAAUGAUCAAUGUGCAGCAGCCGGUUUUGUUGGGGACGAAGUAAACUGUAAGAAAUUUUAUAGAUGUGUAGAAAAUGGUCUAGGAGGAUACAUCAAACAUGAAUUUACUUGCGGAGAAGGAACUGUCUGGGAUGAAAAUAUUCAAGCAUGUAACUAUCCCUAUUCUGUAAAUGGUACAUGUUACAAUGCUCAAUCUGGAAUACCACAAAAUGGACAAUCAGGCAAUCAAAACCCUAGUGGCCAAUAUUUACCUGCAGGUCAGCAACCAAGUGGGCAACAACCUGGAAGCCAAUAUCAACCAGGAAGUGGUCAGCCUGGUGGCCAAAAUGUACCUGCAGGUCAGCAACCAAGUGGGCAACAACCUGGAAGCCAAUAUCAACCAGGAAGUGGUCAACCUGGUGGCCAAAAUGUACCUGCAGGUCAGCAACCAAGUGGGCAACAACCUGGAAGCCAAUAUCAACCAGGAAGUGGUCAGCCUGGCAGCCAAAAUGUACCUGCAGGUCAGCAACCAAGUGGGCAACAACCUGGAAGCCAAUACCAGCCAGGAAGUGGACAGCCUAGUGGCCAAUACGUACCUACUGGUCAGCAACCGAGUGGGCAACAACCUGGAAGCCAAUACCAACCAGGAAGUGGACAGCCUAGUGGCCAAUAUCUACCUGCAGGUCAGCAACCGAGUGGGCAACAACCUGGAAGCCAAUAUCAACCAGGAAGUGGACAGCCUGGUGGCCAAAAUGUACCUGCAGGUCAGCAACCAAGUGGGCAACAAUCUGGAAGCCAAUAUCAACCAGGAAGUGGUCAGCCUGGUGGCCAAAAUGUACCUGCAGGCCAGCAACCAAGUGGGCAACAACCUGGAAGCCAAUAUCAACCAGAAAGUGGACAACCUAGUGGCCAAUAUGUUCCUGCAGGUCAGCAACCGAGUGGGCAACAACCUGGAAGCCAAUAUCAACCAGGAAGUGGACAGCCUAGUGGCCAAUAUCUACCUGCAGGUCAGCAACCGAGUGGGCAACAACCUGGAAGCCAAUAUCAACCAGGAAGUGGACAGCCUGGUGGCCAAAAUGUACCUGCAGGUCAGCAACCAAGUGGGCAACAACCUGGAAGCCAAUAUCAACCAGGAAGUGGUCAGCCUGGUGGCCAAAAUGUACCUGCAGGUCAGCAACCAAGUGGGCAACAACCUGGAAGCCAAUAUCAACCAGGAAGUGGACAGCCUAGUGGCCAAUACGUACCUACAGGUCAGCAACCGAGUGGGCAACAACCUGGAAGCCAAUACCAACCAGGAAGUGGACAGCCUGCUGGCCAAAAUGUACCUGCAGGUCAGCAGCCGAGUGGGCAACAACCUGGAAGCCAAAACCAACCAGGAAGUGGACAGCCUAGUGGCCAAUAUCUACCUGCAGGUCAGCAACCAAGUGGGCAACAACCUGGAAGCCAAUAUCAACCAGGAAGUGGACAACCUAGUGGCCAAUAUGUUCCUGCAGGUCAGCAGCCGAGUGGGCAACAACCUGGAAGCCAAUACCAACCAGGAAGUGGACAGCCUAGUGGCCAAUACGUACCUACAGGUCAGCAACCGAGUGGGCAACAAUCUGGAAGCCAAUACCAACCAGGAAAUGGUCAGCCUGAUGGCCAAAAUGUACCUGCAGGUCAGCAGCCAAGUGGGCAACAACCUGGAAGCCAAUAUCAACCAGGAAGUGGUCAGCCUGGUGGUCAAAAUGUACCUUCAGGUCAGCAACCGAGUGGACAACAACCUGGAAGCCAAUACCAACCAGGAAGUGGACAGUCUAGUGGCCAAUACGUACCUGAAGGUCAGGUACCCGGUGGGCAACAACCUGGAAGCCAAUAUCAACCAGGAAGUGGACAGCCUAGUGGCCAAUAUCUACCUGCAGGUCAGCAACCGAGUGGGCAACGACCUGGAAGCCAAUAUCAACCAGACGGUUCAGGCUAUAAUCCACCUUGUAAUAAUCAAACUAUCGACAACAACUACACAGUACCUGGACAAAUAGUUCAAAAUAAUUGCGUCAGUGAAGGCUUCGUCGGGCACGAAACAGAUUGCAAUAAAUUCUUCAGAUGUGUUGGAAACGGACAAACAGGCUUCACAAAAUACGAGUAUAAUUGUGCUCAGGGAACCGUUUGGGAUCAGAGUAGUUUCUCUUGUAAUUAUCCAUAUGCAGUUAGUGGAAAAUGCUACCAAGCAUCGUCAGUUCCAAGCUACCCAAGCACAGGAGCUAACCAGCCAGGACAAGGAACAUCUCAAUAUCCAACUUCCCCAAGCAAUCAACCAGCACCUGGGUUAUCAUCAAGUAAUACUCCUUCAGGAUCUUAUGGUUGCACUCAAGAUGGUUUUAUAGGAGAUGCCCAGAACUGUUCUAAAUUUUAUAGGUGCGUAGGAAGCCAUCUUGGUGGUUACACGAAGCACGAAUUCUCGUGUGGUUCUGGAACUGUUUGGGACCAACAGAGAUUGACUUGUAACUACCCAUGGGCUGUCCAAGGGCAGUGUUACUCAGCGACUCCUUCAGAGGUAUCUCCUGGAAGCGACAACGAAUCUACUACUCUUUCUAACGGACUACAGAGUUCUUUGCCUUCAAAUACCGAAAUAGUUCAAUCAACUACACCAGGUAUUACAAGCGAAACGACAUCAACACUAACUGAAAUUUCUAGUCACGAAACUACAACACUUCCUAGUGAAACAACUACACUAGACUACACACAUUCCACACAAACCACAGUAGAUAUAGAUGCUUCUACCACACCUAUAUAUGACAGUAGUACGUCUACUAACACUAUUACAACCGAAGAUAUUAAUGAUGUCGAAGGAAAUACUACUUAUUUCUCCACCGAAACACCAUCCACACUUUUUACACAAACUUUUGAAACUUCAACUUUAACAGGAAGUACUGAUUCGGAGAGUACAACAUUUGAUAGUUUUACUACUGAAGAUGUUAAUCAUAACACCCAGAGUACAACUGAAACACUAUAUACUCAUUACACUACUGAAAUAUUUAGUGAAACUACUACACCAUACACUCAGAGCACAGUUGAUUUUGACACUUCAACAACUCCUAAUUUGCAAAGUACUACAUUUGAAAGCGAAUCCUCGACAGAAGGUAGUACCUAUAGUGAGAGCAGUACUACAGAAACGAGCAUAACUGAUUACACUACAGAUAUUUCUGGUCAGACAACCAUAUUUGAUAAUACGCAAUAUACUGAAAGUAGUACACAUUUGGAAAGUUCAACUACACCUUUAGGGGAAAGUACCACUUUUGAGAGUAGUACUACACAAGAUGGUACUUUUGGAGAAAUGACACCAACAACUGAAACCUUUUCCGAAUUAACCACUAAUGACAUUUCGCAAACACCUACAUCAAGUUCUGAAACUACCUUUAGUACUGAUGGUACUGAUACAACAAUAGAUUCGGCUAGUACUCAAGAAACUACAACAUCAAAUUACCAAAUUAGUACUACGUUUAUCUCACAAAGCACUACAACAGAGUUAGAUAAUACUGAUCAAACUACUACGCAAAAGAGUACUGUAGAUUCUGAAAAUACUAACACAUAUGCGUCUUCAGAACAACCAGAAUAUAUUACCACGCCAGGAGGUAGUACCUAUAGUGAGAGCAGUACUACAGAAACGAGCAUAACUGAUUACACUACAGAUAUUUCUGGUCAGACAACCAUAUUUGAUAAUACGCAAUAUACUGAAAGUAGUACAAAUUUGGAAAGUUCAACUACACCUUUAGGGGAAAGUACCACUUUUGAGAGUAGUACUACACAAGAUAGUACUUUUGGAGAAAUCACACCAACAACUGAAACUUUUUCCGAGUUAACCACUAAUGAUAUUUCGCAAACACCUACAUCAACUUUUGAAACUACCUUUAGUACGGAUGGUACUGAUACAACAAUAGAUUCGGCUAGUACUCAAGAAACUACAACAUCAAAUUACCAAAUUAGUACUACGCUUAUCUCACAAAGCACUACAACAGAGUUAGAUAAUACUGAUCAAACUACUACUCAAAAGAGUACUGUAGAUUCUGAAAAUACUAACACAUAUGCGUCUUCAGAACAACCAGAAUAUAGUACCACGCCAGGAGAUUUUAUUUUAAGUGAAACUACAGAAGGUACUACAUUUGAAUAUCAAACAGAAUCAACAUACUUUACUACCUUCAAGCAAGACAAUAAUAGUUUAUAUAGUACUACUCCAACUCAAGAUCUUACAUCAAAUACAGAUACAACAUAUCCUGGAACAUCUACUGAACAAAUUACACAACAUUAUACUGAAUUUUCAACAAUUUACUCUACUGAUCGUACUACAAAUAUAAAUGAUACGUCUAAUGAAAGUAGUACAAUGCAAGAAGGUACAACGUUUCUGUAUUAUACCACUGGAUCUAAUAUUUCUGAAUCUACUAACAUAUUCGAAACAACUCCUAUGAGUACAUCUUUUACCACUGAGAACAGCUACACUACUUUUACACCAGAAAUAACUACAUUUGGUAGUAGUACUACCGUACCAGAUCAUACCGAUAUGACCACUAAUGAAUACACUACACAACACUACACUGAAUUUUCCACAAAUAAUCCUACGGAAAGUACUGUAAAUACGGACACCAUGUCUCCAUUUGAAUCUGAAAACAGUACUACUGAAUUUUUACCUGUUACUAGCACUGACUCGUCGGAUGAAAGUACUGCUUCUGAAGCAGGUAGUGGCACUGAAAGGGAACCAUGUCCAAUAGGACAAUUGGAAGGGGACCAGGUGGCAUUGAUUUGUCCUACAGGCUUCAGAAGGCAUCCUAAAUACUGUAAUCUGUUCUAUCAAUGCACUUCUGGUAGUAACGCUCACGAUUAUAAGGUCUUAGUUUUGAGUUGUCCUGAAGGAACGAUAUAUGACGACAAGUUGAUUCAGUGUCUUCCAACGAACGAAACUAACCAAACUUGUACAGGACAGAUUGCUUCUACCAGUUUGUACAGAAAGUUGGAUAUAAACUCGAUUCCGCCAGUUUUAGUGCCAUCAGUCCAAACUCUGUGUCCUAGAGAAGGACUUCAUGAGUUAGAGUCCACAGACUGUUCAAGACAGUUUGUUAAAUGUCGCAGAAAUGCUAGAGGAUUGGAAGGUUUCAUGUACCAAUGUCCUCAAGAUUUUGCUUAUUGGCAAAUCACUAGGCAAUGUGAAAGGACAUUUAAGCUUUCCCACUGCGCAGGUUACGUCCUGCCAACCAGUCGAUGGGAAAUACCAGUAGAAAGUAAAAGUGUAUCGUACAGAAGAAGAAAAGCUUUCGACGUUUGAUACAGGCUUUAAAUUAUUAUAGAUUUUAUUAUAAUUAAGAGUAGAAACCUCGAUACUCGAAUCAAUCGUCCUAAAAAAAUCUUAUAUAGGCCAGACAUUUCUGAUGUAAUUAGAUUUAAUUUAGGCAUAUUCGUAAACUGACUGAUUUUAAACAUAUUUUCCAAAGAAUUUGAAAAAUUCUUUCGAAAAUAGCUGGCGACGAUUUUUUUAUCUUUAUAAAAAAACCGUCGCGACAUUUGGGAGUGAAUUUCUGGUUUUGGGUCUAUUUAUUUUUAUAUUUAUUUCUCUUUACUAAUGAUGUGUAUACGUACUGAAUUGAUGUAAAUUGCCAUUUUGAAUAUAACAAUAGAAAUAUAGUAUUUUUUAAUA